AUGCUGGAGGUCCUGGUGCUAAAGAUUGAAGAUCCAGGUUGCUUCUGGGUAAUUAUAAAAGGAUGUAGUCAUUUUUUAGAACAAGAAGUCGACUAUCAAAAACUAAACAGUGCCAUGAAUGACUUCUAUAACAGCAUGUGUCAAGACAUAGAAAUAAAGCCAUUGAUGCUGGAAGAAGGGCAGGUGUGUGUGGUGUACUGUCAGGAGCUGAAAUGCUGGUGCAGGGCUGUGAUUAAGUCCAUCAUCUCUUCUGCAGACCAUUACCUGGCAGAGUGUUUCCUUGUGGAUUUUGCCAAGUCUAUCCCAGUAAAAUCUAAAAACAUCCGAGUUGCAGUAGAAUCCUUUAUGCAGCUUCCUUAUAGAGCAAAAAAAUUCAGACUUUACUGUACCAAACCUGUGACAUUGCACAUUGACUUCUGUGAAGACAGUGCUGAAAUUGUACCUGCUGCAAAAUGGGACAGUGCAGCUAUCCAGUACUUUCAGAAUAUUCUAAGAGCAACUACCCAAGUGGAAGCGAAACUUUGUGCUGUGGAAGAAGAUACUUUUGAGGUUUACCUUUAUGCAACAAUAAAAAAUGAAAAAGUUUGUGUAAAUGAUGAUCUGGUUGCAAAGAACUUUGCUUAUUAUGUUUCGCCCAUGGGGAAUAAAAACCUCAACACUUUGGAGAAACCCAGGCCCAGUCCCAAUUCGAUGCCAUGCUCCAGUAAGCUCAGCCCGUCCCUUACCCUGUGGCCAAUGCUUCUGCAUGGAAAAGACCGCCAUGGAACAGAAAAUAAAGCUGUAAAAUAUAAGGAUUCCUUGAGAGACUCACGUAAAAUUAUGUUUGAGAAGAAGCAGCAGUGCCUCCCUUUAAAACACAUAAACAAGUGUAUUGAGUCUUCAGUAUACUGGCCAACAGAAAGAGGCAUAACCAUAUAUGCUGAUCCAGAUAUUCCAGUAGCAAGUGGGUUUAGCCAGAAGCCAAAUGAGAAGCCUCUCCGGCUGGCUGAAAAGAAGGCCUGUGACGAGAAGAACGGCUGUGUGAAAUUACUACAGUUUUUAAAUCCUGAUCCUUUGAGAGCUGAUGAGAUCCCUGACCUGCAGCAGUUGCAGAAGGUGAAGUCUGGCACACUACAGCCUGGUGUGGUACUCCGGAACAGGAUCGAGCCCUGUCUGACCAUGGAUAAAUCACCACUGUCGGCAGACCUGAAGAAGGCUCUUCAAAGAAACAAGUUCCCGGGACCCAGCCACACUGCGUCUUACUCUUGGCCUCCGAUUGCCCGUGGCUGUGAUGUGGUAGUCAUUUCUCACUGUGGAAAUGACCCUUUGUUGUACCUGCCACCGCUGCUUACAAUUUUGCAGAUAGGGGGCUGCUACAAGUCAUUACCAAGUAGAAAUGGACCUCUUGCAGUCAUCGUGUGUCCCGGCUGGAAAAAGGCCCAGUUUAUUUUUGAGUUAUUGGGAGACUGUAGCAUGUCCUCCAGGCCUCUUCAUCCUGUGUUAUUAACAAUUGGACUUCACAAAGAUGAAGCCAAAAAUAUGAAGCUUCCAAGAGGGUGUGAUGUGAUUGUCACAACUCCACACAGCCUUUUGCGACUUCUCACAUACCGAAGCUUGUUAUUUCUUAGACUGUGCCACCUGGUUCUGGAUGAGGUGCAAGUAUUAUUCUUUGAAGCUAAUGAGCAAAUGUUUGCCAUAUUAGAUAACUUUAAAAAGAAUGUGGAAGUGGAAGAGCGGGUGUCUGCACCCCAUCAAAUUGUGGCAGUGGGUGUUCACUGGAGCAGACACAUAGACCAUCUGGUCAGAGAGUUCAUGAAGGAUCCCUACAUCGUCAUCACCGCCUUGGAGGAGGCUGCCCUCUACGGCAAUGUCCAGCAGGUAGUGCAUCUGUGCCUGGAGUGUGAGAAAACAUCUACUCUACUCCAAGUUCUUGACUUUGUUCCAAGUCAGGCACAGAAGACCUUGAUCUUCACCUGUUCUGUAGCGGAAACAGAAAUUGUAUGUAAGGUAGUAGAAAGCAAUUCAAUAUUUUGCUUGAAAAUGCAUAAAGAAAUGGCUUUUAACUUAAAAAGUACUUUAGAGCAGUGGAAGAAGAAAUUAAGUCCUGGCUCUCACAUUGUACUAACCUUAACAGACGACUGCAUACCACUCCUGGCCAUCACCGAUGCCACAUGUGUAGUCCACUUCAGCUUUCCUUCCUCACCAAAAGUGUUUGGUGGUCGCCUGUAUUGCAUGUCUGAUCAUUUUCAGAAUUUAACUGAACAGGGUUCUCCAGCAGAGCAGGUAGAUAAAAGAACCAAAUCUGUCUUGCUGCUGACGGAGAGAAAUGCGAGCCACGCUGUAGGUGUCCUGCGAUACUUGGAGCGAGCAGAUGCCAAAAUCCCAUCAGAGCUGUAUGAGUUCACCGCUGGGGUCCUGGAAGCCAAAGAAGAUAAGAAGGCCAGAAGACCGCUUUGUCCGUAUCUUAAGGCUUUUGGAUUUUGCAAAGACAAAAGAAUCUGCCCUGACCGGCACCACAUUAAUCCAGAAAUGGAUAUCCCAAGGAAAUUAUCCAAUGAAGCUCUGCCAAUGUUUGGACACAUUAGGAUAAUACCUUUUUACAUUUCAAAUGCAACCAGUUACUUUGGUCGUAUAAUUGAUAAACACUUGGAUCUUUAUGCAACUCUCAAUGCUGAAAUGAAUGAAUAUUUUAAGGAUCCCAGUAAUAAAGCAGCUGCUGAAAAGGUGGAGAGUUUGGGGUUGUACGGACUAGAAGAAAAAACAAUUUUCCAGAGGGUUCAGGUGUUGGAGGUGAGCCAGAAGGAAGAUACCUGGGGCUUGGGGAGUGUCCUGGUGAAAUUCAUAGAUGAAGGUGGGACCAAACUCAUCUCAAGAGACCAGCUGCUGCUGCUCCCAGAGAAGUUCCACACUCUGCCCCCUCAAGCUGUGGAGUUCAUUGUUUGUAGGGUGAAACCAGCUGACAGUGAAAUUGAAUGGAACCCAAAGGUUACUAGAUACAUUCAUCAUAAGAUUGUUGGGAAAAUGCAUGAUGCCAAAGUGGUACUAGCUUUGGGAAAUACCCUUUGGAUUGAUCCAAUGGUGCAUGUUACAAAACUUUCAAAUCUAAAAACUUCUAUCAUUGAUUAUAAUGUUCGAGCUGAAAUUUUAUCCAUGGGAAUGGGUAUUGAUAAUUCAGAACAUGUGGAACAACUGAAAAGACUAUACAAAGAAGCCAGACUACCAGCUUUCAAGGACCUUCUAGGCCAGACCUCAACACCCACCACAGUGGAAGAUGCCAUGUGUCUGCAGGGCACUCAGCAAGGAGAAGGAGGUACAGAAAGAAGAGCUGCUUCCAAGGUAGACUCAGACACCCUGAAGCCCGAUGUUUUAUCUGAGGACACUGGCAGCGAAUCCAUUAGCAGAACUGCGCAGCCGCAGAGAAGCUUUCACCCGCAGAUAAAGUGGUUCCAAAAAGACGAUGUGGUCAUCUUAAAGAUAAAAAUAAGGAAUGUCAAAGACUAUAAGUGUAAAUUCUUUACAGAUAGAGUCGUUUUCAGUGCCUGGGUAGGAGACAAGUUUUACUUGGCUGAUAUGGAACUGCAAGGUGACAUCAGGAAAGAUGACUGCAGGUGCAUAAUUAAAGGUGACGAACCUCUAAUCACGCUUGCCAAAGAGAAAAGGGCAUGCUGGUGUGGCCUACUCAAGCAGAGGAAUCCGAAUGUGGCAUUUGACUUUGACCACUGGGAGGAAGGUGAAGAGGACAGCCCCUUCUCCAAGGUGGUAAAUUCUAAAAGCAUGUCCUGCAAAGUGGCAGCGUUGGUGGAGAACAGCAGCACCUCUUCAGACAGUACCGACGGAAGUGACAGCGAAUGA